UUAAUUUAGUGAUCAUAUAGGUAUUUGUAGAAUAUUAGUAAAUUCCUAGGUUAUUGGUCGUUGUGGUUUAAAAUAUACUAAGUGAAGGUUAGUUUAAUGUCUCAAACCAAAUUUAGGUCCACAUGUAAAUCUACAAACAGAACAAAAAAUGUAGAACACACUUACAAAAGAUAGAAUAAACCUGUGUCUGACCAGUUUAAUUUCUGUUACUUUACCAUUCAUUUUCAUCCUGAGAUAUUGAGGAUGAUGACCAUAUUUCAUGAAUUUGUUGCCAAACUAAUUGGAAAAUAUUUGGACCUCCUUAUGUGAAUAUUAAUGACAUCUAAGUUUAUGUCAAUGUUGUUGGAUGUAAUGAUUGCAUUUCAUCAAUUUAUCAAUUACCAAAUAUUUUGUUUAAUAUGAUUUGCUCCAUGUUUAACAAAAUAUUUGGUUUUUAGCUUUUUCAGGAAACACAAACUCAAAUCUUAACAUGUGAGACACUGCAACAUUUGAAAAUCUUAUGGAAAAAUGACCGUAAUGAUUAACAGUUGUCGACUGAUACCAAGAUGGUUACAUAACAUUCAGCAGCAGACCUUUUCCACGUUUAUUUAUGUGCAAACAUUAAUUUUACUCCUCAUUGCAGAACCGUGUUGAAUGAAAUGACAAAAGCAGUUUCUAAACAAACUCAUCAAAGAUAGAAUAUUAAAGUGUUUGCCACAGUUUACAUGUUAACAAGAGAUACCAACAGUUAAUUAUAGCUAAAGAGUUUACUACUUAUAAUUCAAUAACAUUAGACAUAAUAAUAUCUCCUAGUUAUUUUUAUUACAUAUAAAAUGUCCACAGUGAUGUCAGUGAUGUACAUUGGUCUGCACAAUGCAAGGCUGAUGGUUUGAUUAAAAAAUGUAAAGCACUGAAUAUCUUGUACCUGAAUAUUCUUGUGAGUAUGUCAAGGUGACAUUAUAUUUGGUAUCAGUUUUUUUCAGACAAAACAAGCUGAUUUAAGUAUUAUCCAGCAGCAAAAAAAACAAAACACAGACACUCAGUUUAUUAUCAGAUAAAAAGAUAAAAGAAAAACUUCACAUUUGAGAAACUGCAACAUGUGAAAACAGAACUUUUGUUGAUUAAGUAAUUGAUUAAACAGUGAAUCAAGAUAGACAGUGUAAAAUAGAACUGUUAUGCACCUAAUAAUUGUCUGUUUGUGGCACUUUUUCCGAUCUAUUCAUUAUAUGACAGACUGUGACACUGAUGCUUAUUGUAUUUAUAAUUAUUACGAUUUCAAAACAAAUAUCUGUGAACUCAACUAAUGUUUGUCAGGUGAGCAGGUGUCCAGCUCUUCAGAUCAGUGUCAGUAUGAGGAGGAUCCUGGUUCACGUCUGUAAAGACAGAGCAUCUCCACAGCGAGCAUCAUUUGUUCAGAGUGUUACAGGCCAGUUUAGUGAUGGAGGUGAUGACGAGGUGGAGGUGAACUGUUCCCUGGAGAAAAACCAGUUCAUCCUGUACAGAGGAGACCAGAACCAACGAGUCCCACUGAAGAGACCUGCCUUCUGUCCAAUCAAACACCUGUCAGUCACAGAGGCAGCUGCAAUCCCAUUGGACGUACAGCAACGAGGGAUAGAUGUGGGCGUGGCCAUCCUCCUGCAGUCAGCCAAUCAGAGGGUUUUACUGACACGCCGUGCCAAGGAGCUUCGUAUUUUUCCAAAUGUCUGGGUUCCUCCAGGCGGACAUGUUGAACCGGAUGAGACGCUGCUGGAUGCAGGUCUGAGGGAGUUAAAGGAAGAAACUGGACUCAAACUGGAUCCCGUAGCAGCUUCUCCAAAAAUACUGGGUCUGUGGGAGUCUGUGUUUCCUCCCAUGUUGUCCCGAGGACUCCCUCAUAGACAUCACAUCGUCGUCUACAUGAUGCUGCACUCAUCACUCACCCACCUGCAGAUACAGGACUCUGUGAGGCCUUCUCCUGCUGAGGUCAGUGCGUGUCUCUGGGCAGACCGUCAUCUGGUCAGAGCUGUCGUAUCUGCUGUGGACGGAGAGGACGCUGAGGUCAGAGUGGACGACCUGCCGGACACUGUCAGUGUGUGUCAGGUCUCUGAAGACGGAGGCCUCAGUGACGUCUCGUUGCCAUUGGAGGUUUUCAUCACACGGGCUCCGAGUAGUGGCCCAGACUUGGAGCGGGUCAGCACUGGGACCAAGUUUGCUCUGGAGCUGUGGCUGAAGAACCUGGAGAUGUCUGACCCCUGACCUCUGAUCCAGCAGAUCUCAGAGAGAACUCAAGAAAUACAAAAAAAGACUGCCUGUUGAUGGUCUGCUUUAAUUUUUUUAUUAAAAUAUUCUUCAAAUAUGAAUUCAAAUCAUUUUUUAUUUCUAAAAUUCCCAGCAAGCACCAAGUCUGAGCAGUCACCAUGGUGAUAAAAUGAGAAAUAACAAAUCAAAACAUGCAGUUGUCUCAUGUUCUCAAGAACAAGGAAAUGUGGGUUUGUUCUAUGUAUUCCUUCAGAUUUAUGGAAAAUACUCUGAGGGUUAUUCAGACAUUUUCAACCGUUAUAAUUGCGUUUUCACAAUUUUCUUCAGACUUUUCUUACUAUAUGGAUGUAAAAAAUCCCACGAAUGACAAGCAAAGAGUUGGAACUGGUUUAAAGUUAACAUGACUUCACCUGGAGCGACAGAAGAAUGUUUCUUCAAUCAGGGUAAGGGGGCUAAAGACUGCAUUUACUAUGAAACACAUGAAAUGUAUAUAAAUUCAUACUGUGCAAUUAUAUGAUCAAAAAGGGCUACAGUUUAAAGGUGCAAAGUUAGGAGGAUUUAGAUCUAGAUAUAAUGGGGGGGAAAAAAUGAACACAUCUAUGAACUGAUGUUUUGGGUUUUGUGACGCUGAGGAGAGUAAAACUAAAAUUACAGUCAUGUUUUUGUACGUUUGUAUUUUUGCCUUUUCCACGUAAAUCAAAACCUGAGUGUUGCUCAAAAUUACCACGAUAUGAUUUUUCACCAAAUUUUUAAAAUUCUAGUUUUACACCAUUCAACAGUGCCAGUGUCAUAAUUUUGCUGCCACUUAAUGUCAUGAAGAAUUGAAAACAUUUCUGGCAACUUUUUAAAACUUCAUUUUUUAA